GCUGUAUUUGCGUUGAUCAACAACGAAUGGAUGAUAAUCGAAGAUGACGAAACCAAGCUAUUGGGAGCAUUAGAUCUGAAUUCGACUCAAUCUGAUGAGAAUCUCAUCAAAGAAUUCACUUUCAUUCAUGCCGAACGAUGUCAACGAAUUGGAACUCGUCACUUCUGGCGCGCUGUUCGGUUCGGGUCUUUUAUUGAUACGGAUGGAAUGUCGCAUAUUGUAUAUCACUCGAAUGGAAGAGUUCUAGUCGACUGUAUAACGCCACUAGUAGCGAAUCUCUUUUACGUACUGAUUGCGUUAUGUUUCGUUGUGCUUGUUACAUCUUGCGUAGCGUGUAUUCUGAAUGUUCUUGUUCCGCCGAGUGGAUUCUUCCACUGGUUGAGACGAAAUGCGGUACUUGAAAUGUGCAACAUGUUAUUGGCGUUGAUAGCGUGUGUGACAUCAUUGGUAGCUGAAUGUCAAGUAUCAGGCAUAAGACCAUUGUCUACGGUAUCGAUCGGUCCGGGUCUCUUUCUAAUUGCGCUGUCUGGAUUGUCCGCUUUCUUUGCAGCCAUCGUCAGUUUGAGAAGAAGCAAUCGUUUAGCGCAUGAAAGACGAAUACAAAAUCAACGAAUUCUGUGUGCACGUUCAUUGCGCUCUUGGCGUGAUAUUGGUCGUCGAGCUGAAGAUACAAGACCGAUAAUCGACUUCGAACGUUAUCUUGAUUCAGCAACCACAACAACUGCAACGCCUCUUGAUAUCAUUCGAGCGUCUCCACUCGAUGGGAGCACUGUUGAUCAACAGCGCUAG